AUAUUUGUUAAUCGUGAUAUUAAUUAAAAUAAAAUGUCUCAAACGAGCUAUUAUCGAUCACCGUUCGGAGACACGACUUACACCAAAGUGUUCGUUGGAGGAUUAGCAUGGGAAACUCCUACCGACGAAAUGCGUCGUUACUUCGAUCAGUUCGGAGAGAUUCUUGAAGCCGUCAUCAUUACCGAUAAAAACACCGGCAAAUCUAAAGGCUAUGGAUUCGUGACGUUUCGGGAGGCGGAUUCAGCCACGAGAGCCGUCGCUGAUCCAAAUCCGGUGAUCGACGGAAGAAAAGCCAAUUGUAAUAUUGCGUCUUUUGGACGGCCUCGACCAUCGCCGCCUCGAGGUCGAGGACAAACAGGAAGUCCGAGUCAGUACCAAAGUGGAGGACCAUCAGGCUAUACCGGGAUGCCUGCACCACUGCCACCGGCUGCAGCUCCCCAGCUCAUGUAUCCGUCCUACGGGUACACCUAUAACCCUGAUCAAUUCGGGUACCACCAAGCAUUGUACAACACACAGUUGCAACAAGCACAAUACUAUCAGCAGCAACAGCAGCUUUAUGGAGGAGCAACAUCACCAUCAUCAUCAGGAACUAUCAUGCCUUCUCCAUACUAUUAUGGCUAUUCUCUUCAAGCUCCUAGAGUACCAUACCAACAUCAUCAUCUUCCUCAACCAUAUAAUCCUCAACAACAUCAUCAACGGUUUUCUUCUCCUUCUUUCCUCGUUUACCCAACCAAUUCCUCUUUUACCCCUCAUCUCCAAGGACUACUCUCUUCUUCCACCGAUUCUGAAGCAGUACCACAACAAGUACCAGCUACAGAAGGCGAAGCAACAACGACUGCUCCUGAAAUUACAACCAUCAACACCAAAGAACCUAUUUCUUCCUGAUCUUUCUUUCAUCUCCCAAUUUGUACAAUCUUCACAUUUUUACCUCUCUCUCUCUCUCUGAAAAAAAACCCAGCUAAUUCAUUUAUUUCUCAACAAGAGUAAUGACUUGAGCCCCAAGAAUACAGACUCAAGACUGUC